AUGGGUGAUUCUUGUUGUAAUCCUAUGAGUAUGGGUGCUAUAAAGACAUACAUUGAAAAGAAUUUACCUGGAAUUUAUGUCCGGUCUUUGAUGAUUGGAGCCAAUGUCAUUGAGGACACAGAAAAUGGCUUUCUAAUGAAUGUCAAUGAUCAAAUAAGAGAAGUGUGCAAAAAAUUAGCUUCUGAUGAAAAACUUGCCAAAGGUUACAAUGCCAUAGGUUUUUCUCAAGGUGGACAAUUUCUGCGAGGUGUAGCACAACGUUGUCCUGUGCCUCCAAUGCAAAAUUUGAUUUCUGUGGGUGGACAGCAUCAAGGUAUCUACGGAUUUCCUCAUUGCCCUGGAAAUAACUCCACAAUCUGUGAUAUGAUACGCAAAUUACUAAACAGCGGUGCUUACCUUAAUGUAGUGCAAGCAGAAUAUUGGCAUGAUCCUCUUCAGGAGGAAGAAUACAAAGAAAAGAGUGUCUUCUUGGCAGACAUUAACCUGGAAAGACCUUCCAAGCUUCCUUACAAGGAGAAUUUGCUUCAGUUAAAGAAUUUGGUGCUUGUAAAAUUCAACAAAGACACAAUGGUGUAUCCAAAAGAAAGUGAGUGGUUUGGCUUCUAUAAACCUGGUCAAGGGAAAGAGGUUUACUCAAUCUGGGAAAGUCCCCUUUAUAAAGAGGAUCGAAUUGGGCUGAGAAAACUGAAUGACACUGGCCGUCUUCAUUUCUUAGGCAUCGAUGGAGAUCACCUUAAAAUUAAGCUGGAAUGGUUUAAAGAAAACAUUAUUGAAAGAUUUCUCAAAUGA